CGUCACAGCUCUGCGAGUCCCCGUAAGAACAUUCUGGCACGUAAGCGCAAAGCCUUCGGCUACAAAAAGUACAAUUUUUCUAAUGUUAAAUUCAAAUGCGAAAACUUAUGAGCGAGUUCUUGCUUUUGCGUGUGAGGUGUCGCGAUAAGAUAACAACAUCUCGAUAACACAUCUCGAGUUCCUAACAAUACAAGCAUUAAUUAUUUGUGGGUCGUCCAUUGCAGACACUGCGGAUGUGCUCGGUGGUUCUGUACAGCUACUGCAGUCACAAGCGCCAGGAGUUCUACUUCGUGCCCUCGAACAACUCUUGCGUGGCUGCCUCAGUGGACACCGCAAUGGUUUGCAACCACAGCCCGAACCGGUUCAGAUCCGAGAGGAACUGCAAGGCGAAGUGCAUCGACAGCGCCUUCCCAUCCGAGAGGUGCUUCACAACAGCCAUAUUCUCAAGGUGCACAAGCCGAGACGCUCGCCAUCAUUGGUGGUUCUUCGACGGCAGAGCCUGCGUACCUUGGGACUUCCCCUCGGGCGCGUGCCCGUCGACCAAGAAGGGUGGCGACGUUUUCGACAGCAUGGCCGAUUGCGUCGCGCAAUGCGCCGGCGGCGAGUCGCUGUUCCAACCCUGCCAGCCACCCAAGCCGAGACCGUGCACGCCCAAGCAGCUCAGGUGAGUCGUCUCAGCUCGUAUACGCGUACUCACAGGAUAUUCCAGUAUGAAAGGGUACCAUCGUUCUCAAAGGCACCUCGCACUUGCCAGGUGGCGCUGCGACGCAUGCCUGUCCGACAACAACGAGUCAUGCAAAAAAGAAAAUAAGAGAGACAGAUAGGGCAAAUUGGAUGCAAAAAAAAAAAAAUGGAAACGUAAAGAUGGAAA